GUAGCCCAGGAGGUCACUCUCGGCCCGGCCCACUUUUGUCAGAUCGAGCCAAGCAGAUGUUUGGGCCCCCAGUCAUUGCUGGGCGCCACUACCCUUCCCAGACCUCCUUCAGCCCCACAGCAGCAGAGCAUGGCCAGUACCAGAGCAGCCAAUCCAGCCACAGCCCUUACACUGUAAGCCAAUCACAGCAUAGCUUUGGACCAGGACAGGCCGGCCCAGUCAAUUAUGCAGGGAGUCAGCCAAUAAGAGGACCCUCGGCCUUCCAGACCAUGCAGUACCUCUCCCACCAGCAGCCGGGAUUCGCCGUACACAGUCACUAUACUGGGGCCCAUGCAGGUUUCAUGCCCACGAGCACUGGCAUCCCCCUACAGAAGCAGCUGGAACACGCCAACCAGCAGUCUGGAUUCACCGACUCCUCCACCCUGCGUCCCAUGCACCCCCAGGCUCUGCACCCGGCGCAGACUCUCCUUCCCGCUCCGCAGAUAGCGGUGCCCAUGCAGCCGGCCAAGUCUGCCCUGUCCUACACCCACCCUUCCCGCUCCGCCUCCCCCGGCGGGUACCCCCAUGGGACGCCCCCUCAGCAGCCGCACACGUCUGGGUUCCAGGCUUCCCCCCAGCAGAACCCCCGUCUCCCCUUCAUGCAACAUGGACAGAACCAGCGCUUUUACCACAAAUAAUGGCUCCAGGCUCCUACUGACUCCUGAUUGGGCAGGAGUUUGUCCCUCUCUCUGUCCCCCAGCGUCUCACUUCUUGCCUACGUCUGUGCCGUGUCGGACUGGGGUGCCAAGGGACCAGCGAAGAACCCCAUUGGCCCACUCUCCCCCACCCUCAAGUACCCAAGUCUCUUCCCUUUCCGCCAUUUAUUCUUCCCUGUAGCCUCCUGCUUCCCAUACAGAUAUAGGGACUGAUGGUUAGAAGCAGGAGGGCCCCCGGGAGUUUACCUGGUAUCUCCUGACACCCCCUCUCUGUGAGCUCUGCACCCCCAGACCCACGGUCUCCAUGCAGAUGAGGGUCUUACACUGAAUAAAGUGCUUCUACCCAG